AAACGGGAAUCUGUGUAGUACCGGAAGUGGAGGGAGGGAAAUUCGAAACCGUUAUGAUUUUUAAACAAACAUUUACUUUUUUGUUUUAUUUUGUUGAUAUAAUUUUCAAAAUAUGAAAAAUAUUUGGUCAGAAAUGGAAAUUGAUCCGUUGUUGGAUAAGUAGUGCAUGAUUUUGCCUGUUUAAACGACUGGAUUCUAACAUAGGGUUCCAUCUCAGGUCGCUAGCUAGUUUGCUAACAAACAAACAUGAUCUUUUCCAUUCAGUAGCUGCUUUUUUUUUUUUUUUUUAAUAUACUAUUAAACCUUCACUUAAAUGCCUGUUAUUGCUACGUACGUGCUUAUUACUUUACUAUUCCCAGACGGUUGUUUCUUUCCGUUACCGGUGACUUUUCUAGGUUUUUAGCGAGCUAGCUCCAAUAUGUCCUCAUUUCAAACAUGAAUUGCAGUGAUUUAAAAAGCAGAAAACACGAAGCAUCUGAAGCCAAACAUGGAGGUAAAGCUCGAAGUGCUGUUGUCUUCCAGCAUCAAGAGGAGAAAACCAUGGCCGAGGUUUUGUUGGCUGGGAAAGGAGAAGGAAGGUGUCUUUCUUUUGGAUGACAAUCGGAUCAGUGAAAUCAAUUUACAUUCAGGACAGACCAAGAAGAAGAUCCCAAAAUUGCACCAGUUGCUUCCAAGAGUGUUGAAAAUGUGCAGUUCUCAAAACGCUAUGUGGCUGGCUGGCAUAUUAGUUUCUGGAGAGGUGUUUCUAUGGGACAGAGACAAAGAUUCCUUAAAGAUGGUCACAUCUGUGCCUGCAGUAUAUGAGCUGGCCUCUGUUAAUAAAGCGACUUCCCAGAGGCUGUCUCUGUUAGUCUCAGGGGAUGGAAGGAGGGUUCUCGUGGCUUCUUUCACAGGACAAAUUUUCCUCUGGGAAUGCCUGGUGCCUCAGGAUCUAAAUAGUUUUCGGGAUAACACCGUCAAGGGACACUGGAGUCAGAUAGUGCCCUCAGAAAAUUCACGGCUUCCCUCUGCUAAAGAUAAGGAAGCAUGUCAUCAUUGCGUGUUUGUUCAGAGCCAGGCUGUAGGUGAUGUGUGCCUGAGUGCUUUUCUCUUCACUGUUGGAGAGCAGCUGAUUGUCACCUUGUUGAAGAUUCAAUGGGAAGAGACCGGGAAAACCAGUUUAAAAGAAUACAGCGCUGAAUGGGUCACUAAGUCUUACCCUCUCAGCCACCUUGUUCCUCCAUGUCGGCCUGUCAAGUCGAGAGGAGCACUAGUACCGGCAUUCUCACCUGAUGGAGAGCUGUUAGCAAUAAUCCUUAAUCAGAAAGACCCAAGGGCUACACAGGUGUUAUACAUAAGCAUGCAGAACUUUGUGACUGUAUCCAGCUCACUGGGAGGAUGUGGCAGUAAAAAGCUCUCUAUCCCACCCAAAUACGUGAGGUCUUACUGGGUGAGCUGUGUGAGUUGGACACCAGAAGGUCUCUAUUUGGCAUGCAUACUGAAGAGAGGCUCUUUCCUGAUGUUGGCCCGCUUAGGAGGGUUGGUCUCUCUCUCCACAAGUGGGUGUGACAUUGAGUUUGGCCCUGCACAUUUCCUGCCUCUUCAUCCGUUAGUCACAUACAGACCUUCAGUAUCUUCACAACCACCAGACGAUGCCUUGUCCAGCUCCAACAUGUCUCUGCAUGACCCAAUGAGACAGCGAUACUCUGUGACCUGCCACCCGAGGCUGCCUUGUCUUAUUGUGUCUGACGGCUACAUGGUGACUGUGCUGAAUAUGUCCAGACGGCCUGAUUCUUCCUCACUGAUGAGCUUCUUCCUGAUGGAUACGAGUCAGGCGCUGGAUAGAAUACGCAAGAUCAUCCGCUCAGAGCUGCCCCAUGUGAAGUCCAGACUGGAGUCCAUGACAACUCUGAAAUUCACAGCUAGUCUGCUGGCACUGAAAGAAAAAGAGACACCUCAGUCGCUGCCUCUAUUGUUCAGAGGGGGAGAAAGCUCAGGAGGCUCAAAGCUGAUCACAGUGAGGAUUGAGGAUGAUGAUGAUGACUCAGAUGAGGGGCAUUUUGCCGGCUCUGCUAUGGAGGAGGGGGGCAGGCUAGAAUUCGCUUCAAUGUUCGACACCCUUCACGCCCAUUCUCAGGCCGAGUUGGAAGAUUCAGACCAAGAUUCCUCGGCUCUCUUGGAGGAGCUGACCAGGGCACAGCGGAGUUUGCUUACCGCCUGGGCUCUUGGUGUUUCGCUUGGUGGUACUUUGGAUCACAGAGAUCGCUUGCUGAAAUACACCAUCUCCUGCGCUGUUCGUUUGGCUCGCCUUCUCUGGAUUGCUGAUCCAUUAAUUCGUCCUUAUAAACAGGACAGUGUAUUGGAAUUUCUUAGGUCUCUGCUCUCCUUUCUACCCUGGGAUUCCACCCACAGAGGUGGCCCCAGCUGCUUAGGGGUUGUUUUGGAUCUCACUCAAAAUUUUGUUAAUCUUUUUCUGCCUUCGUCGCUGCAAUCUCUUUGCUCCUCUCAGAACUUUAAGGCAGCACUUUUUGUCCUCCGGGAAGCAUCCAGGAUUGUGGACCAGACAUACAACCUACCUCAGAAAACAUUGCGACAUGCAAAGGAUGAUACUUGUCUCUCAGACAUUUUCUCCAUCCCACUGUUAAAGGAUGAUGUGGAGGCUGAAGCUGUGACCUCUCAGAUAUCUGUGCUAAACAGACCAUCGGUUAGAUUGGUGGCAAUAUGGCGAAAAAUCUACAGACAAGCCUUGCAGUACCAGGACAAGUUAAGAAGAGUUAAAAGUCCAGCGAGUCAAAAAGGGGAAAUGGAGUGCAUGUCAAAGGUCAUUUUUCAAAUCCAAGAAUCACUACAGACAGCUGGAGACCAUCUGGGGCAAAGCCCUGCCCUGUACAACAUAACAGGAGAAGAGCACUUCAUUUCUGGUGAGUAUAAUGAGAGCAUCCAGUUUUGGCGAGACCAGAUAUGGGAAGAGAGAGCAAGAGCAGCUGGGCCAAGAACAGUCUUCCUGGAGACACGCUAUUGUCUGGCUCUUCUGUUUGGCCAGCUGUUUCAAUAUAAGCUUAGGGAGGCCCAGGCCAUGUGUGACACCCUGGCCAAGCUGCUACUGACUGUAGAAGAUACUGUAGUGACCCCUGUAGACAAGGCACAGUUUGAGUUGUGGCUCCCCCAGAGGGUGGAUAGAGAGGCUGCCUGUGCUGUGGUCCAGUCUCUUGGCAGGUUCAUGGCAUCCUACUUUACCAACCAGCCACUGGCUAUCUUUCCACCACAUAAUGUGGAUAUCCUGCCUCCUCUACAUCUGCCACAGGCGACAGGACGACGCACAGUGGCUCUCUCUCAGCGGCAGGUGGCGGCCGCUGUGAGAUCACAGCACCUCUCAGGCGUAUGGACGGUGGAGUACGCUCUCGAGCUCCUCCUGCUAGGUGGGCUGAUUCCCGAGGCUACAUGGUUGGCUCAGAGUUUGGGUGACUGGAAGAUGGCUGUCUCUCUUGGUCUGGCAUAUACCACCUACUGCAGACUGCACUGUGAUUUCAGCAGGUUGAGAUGGAGAGAAUUACACCUUCCUGCAGAGCUACAGCCUGGCUUUAUCUUUCAGACUCAACUUGAGUCAUUACUGGACUGCAAAGUUUCAUAUGACAGACAAGACAAGGCCUUUAAAAGUCUUUCAGAUAUUGUGGAGUUUGAGGACAUGGAGCUGCUCUAUGCGUCUGCACAAGAGAUCCUGAAGGCUUCAGUCAUGGCGGAGGUGGAUGUUGUAUCCUGGCCUCUUGCUAGGCUGUUGGAAUCAGCCAAGAAACAUGCCUCUUCAUUCACUGCGUUGGUUCCUGUUGCAUUCUACCUUCCUGCCCCUCCUUUGUAUUGUCCACAACCUGCCCCUAACACACAGGACUCCAUUGGUGAUGUUUUUUUGGCAUCGGAGAAGGAAUCACGUUACCUUGUAGCUGCAGUGUUACAGCGAGGGCUGUUGCUGUUCAGAGCUGCUCACUGCUCCCGACCAACUGUGCAGUGGUACAUCAGUGGCCUGCGUCGAUGCCGUAAACUCUUUCGAAAGGUCAGUAAGGGACACGUGCAGUCUGAAGAGGUCCUUCCAGACGGGUUGAAGAAGUUUACUAAUUGCCAUGCAUUUUUCCGUUUGGGGUCCAAAGACAUGGAUAAUGUUGUCAUACAGACGAUAGUGUGCUUUAGGGAAUUAUGUGGGCUGUGCUGGAUGCUGCAUGUUCGUGAUCAGCUCACAGCCUCCUGUCGGAAAUACCAAGCUGCAAGGACCAAGAAUGAAGACUCUCAGGCUACAGAUAAUAUUGUACGUGAAUUGCGGGAGGAGGUCCUGCUUUGGGCUCGCCGCCUCAUGCCUUUCUCUCGCUUCCUUAAUGCUGAAGAGACAUUACAGGACCUGGUGCUCAGCCUUGUGGCUGAACUGCCUCCUUUUCCAAUGGUCGCGGAGACAUUAGUCACUGUGUUUCCCGACGAGGAGGAAUCUGUCCGGGUGCCUCUAAGAGAGAAAUACACUUCACUGCUGCAGCGGUUAAGAUCGAGCAUUGUGCAGGAUUCAACAGAAGCCAAACAGACAAGUAGUACGCAAGAUGCAGAAGAGAGAGCGAUGAUUUCUCUGAUUCAGAAGCAGCGUAGGCAGCGGGUUCGGGAGGUGCGCCGUCUGGCGAAGAGCAAGAUUGCACUAGAGCACCAUAUCUGGGAAAGGGAGGAAGAAGAGGACAGGACAGGAGCCAAUACAAUAUCUGAUCGGUUCUCAGGGUGCACUAGCCUGAGUAAUAGCACACUUACAGACUCUGAGCGCCCCCCAGUGGGCAGUGAGGCGGACACUGCUGAUUCAAUAUCAGAGCCUCAUUCACCAGAACUGCAGUACAGGCCUCAUCACAGCCCUGUGCUACCCAAACCUCAGAAGACAUUCAAAUCAAAAUAUGAAAGAGAAAGAGAAGGAACCCUGCAAGAACAUAAAAGUUUAAUUUUACCUUCUGUGGGGACUUGGAUAUUUGAGCUUGAGGACGAGGAGUACCUUUGCUUUUUGGAGCUUUUCCUAAGCUAUGUAUUGGAGAAGGACAGCCUGGACAUGGAGGCACAAUCUUCACUUCCCUUGCUCAGUAGCUUUUCUUCAUGUCUGCAUGACCGUGAGCUUCACUCUGAUGCUUUUGACGUACUGACCGCACUCAAAAGACGGCAGGCUGGUAGAAAAAAAGGUGUGCGGCUUCCUGUGUUCCGUGCGGGAAGGUGCUUUGACAUGCUUCCUGAGACUCCUGAGCCACUGCCCUCUAUAGGUCCUCCAUCUGUAUUCAGUGAGACUCACACAGCUCAAACCAGCACAGGUGCUUUGCCACUUCCCGGAAAACAGCCAGGUUUGUUUGGCCUUCGGCGACAGAGUGGGACACCACAGGGGAAGAAUGUUCUAACCUCGGAAUCCAGUCCUAUUCGAAACUUCCCAGUCAUACCUCAAAUGGAGCACUGGCCCUUUAAGACAAUCUCCUGCUCAGAAGUGGACCUUCAGCUGGAGCUGGACUCCAAAUUGGAGGCCCAGUUUCCCCAGCUGGCCAGGCUGCUGGAAUGGAUGCUGCGCUGGGCAGACAGAAGUGUCUUGCUCACUCAUUCCAGCAGGAAGAAGACAGGGUGCACUGUUGAGCCAGUGGUUAUUAGAGCUAAAGCCUCGGCUCCUGCAGUGCUUUCCGCUUUGAGGCUGCUGGAGCAGAGAUACACCAAAGCCCUAGUGAGAACUGACAAGAACUAUACUCAGAUUAGGGUCCCAGAGAGAGAAGUUCAAUCCACUGUGGUUCCAGUUCUACCAGUUGAAUUUGAAUGGAAGCGUGAGAGAGAAAGCAGCGUGGACACUGGCUAUCCUUCUGCUUCAGCAGGGACUCCCAUCACCCUGCCUGAUCUGGACCCCCAGCAUGGACACACUUCUGAGGUGUGUGAGGUUGAGGAGCUUCAGGUUGAGCAAAGUGUUGACCUGGCGAUAAAAGAACGAAAUGGUAGACGAGUGAAUAAACCCCUCCAAAUGGCUGAAUUGGACAGUGACAGAAGUGCCCAAGAAGAGUCUUUACUUAGGCCAAAUAUUUCAGUACAGAUCAGGACAAAGUCCAAACCCUGUAGACCCAUAGACCAGCCUUUAACUCUGGCAGAUUUGGAAUAUUCCAAGACAUCCACUGACUCCUGUGAAUCACACUCAAAGGAUAUUGGCACAUUGGAUAUUGAACCUACAGAAUCAAGAAAGGAACCAUCAAAUAGUCCUGUACAUGAUACUCCUGAGCCUGAGCCGGUUCAGCAGAGAAUGCAGCAGCUCCCCUCUGUUUCAAAGCCAUCAGCUGAACUGGGGAAUGUAAGCUGUUCUCAGAGUGUCCAGAAUGGAGAACAGAUUCACCCUGAGCCAAUCAGACAGCUGCUUCAGGAUGAGCUUUUCCGAUUAGUACAAUUACAGCAAAUCAACUUUAUGAGUCUUAUGCAAGUGGUGGGAGCCUCCUUUGCCAACUUGCCCCUCUCCAAUGUCAACUCGCAUAUUUCACAGCUCAGUGUUCCUGUAACACAGGCUUCACAACUUGCACAACCACAAACUCAACCCAUUGUGGCUCAGUGCUCAGGUUCCCCUCCCCAUGACACCCAAAACAAAAGAUUAGAGAAUAAGAUAGACACUGUCUCUGAGCUACAGUCCAGGAAACCCAGAGCUGCAGAUCAACAAGGUGUGGAAGCAGAUCUUGUACUGAAUACCCAUGAAGAAACGAGUAGACUACGCCUACAGGAUCUCCAACAGCUGAACAUUUCUACUGAAUGGUCACAGAAUAGCCAGGAAGAAAGAAGUCAUUUUAUUCCUCCCUAUCAAGGACUUCUUACCACAAGGGAUAAUCAAGCUCCACUGCAGGCACCCCAGCAGAAUCGUCCCUUUGUAAAGGCUGUUCCGAUUAUACAGGGGCUCAAGCUUUUCCACUUGCCCCCUCCUCAGUCUUCUCCUGGCCCAGUGAGAGAGGCCUGGGCUCCAAAUCAGCAUAAGCCUACCAUGUAUAGGAAAUCUGAAAACUGUAAGAAGCCAACUGUGCAACCCCCACGAUGGAAUCAGAAUCAAGACAGCACACAAACUCAAGCUUACACUUUAUUAGGCAGAGGGAAAGAAAGAAAAGCAGUCAGACUGCCUCCUGCUCCCAAUGUGGCAGUGGCAGAUACGGGGCUCCCACUGCUGCAUUUACCCUCCAACAUCCAGAUGAGAUCCAUUCAGCUUCCCAAGGUCCUUCUGUCUGCUCCCAUAAGGCUACACACCGCAGGAACUGUUACCACAAGAAACUUUCCAGAACCACAGUUACUCCAUGUUGAGCCUGAGCCCUCUUGUACUGGUUUAAGAUACAGCAGACCUCCUCGGCCCACUCCUCGCCUAAUCCCCCUGGAGGUGCUGAUGGCCUGGAGAGCAGAAAGAACACAGGAAGUGAACACUAAGCUUCAACUCCUCAAGGCAGACACAGCCACAAAGAGCAAAGUCACUUUCACGCCCUCCAGCAAAAGGCUUAAAAGGAGAGAUGAUAAAAAGAAAGAGGCAAAGGUUGUGUAUUUCAGACCAGAUGAAUCUCUAAUCCCUCCAUCUCAGAAGCCUGAAGAGGAUAGAUCUACUCCUGCUGAUGGCUUUGUCAUUCCUUUAGGUUCCUUUGAGUCAACAUUGACUGGUCAGAGGCUGCUGGCUGAAGCUCAGGCCACAUCAGCAGAGCUUCAUGCUUUUGCAGCAAUGCACAAACGACCUCCUGAAAUCCAGGAUGCCUGCACCAACACAGACCCCCCCUCACCUCACAGCACCAGUGAUAAAGCCAUUUCAGCCCAGCUUCUUCAGUCUCCUGGUUCUUCAUCACGUCCUGGACAUGUGGACAUUCCUGUUGCUCCGACUGUUCCCCCUGAUGUGUUCUUAAAUGUUUGCUCCUCUGAGCAAACAGAGGGCACCGGUCACACCGUGCCAAAAGCCCAUACGAGUGCUCAUGGCCAGGAGUCAAUCAGUGUGAUCGUUCCGGAGGAUGGCUCUACUUUACAGGGCCUGCCUUCUUCCCGAACCUCUGUCCAAAGCCAAUCCUGUUCUCCACCUACAUUUGCUCACCUUCAUCUUCUAGCAGCUUCUGUGACCAACACUGAGAUCAGAACAGAAGAGCACACCACUGACUCACCAGGUUUUUCAGUAACAUUCACUCCUCCUGCACUUGUGCUCUCAGUGCCAGAACCCAGCGUAGAUCCAGUCACUGUAAAGGUGCUGAGUGAAUUUGGGAUACAACAGAAGGCCAUACCAGGGGGCCAUUUGAAACAGGGUGCGUUUUCUCGCAGCCAGGUCUCAGCUCGUCUCUCUGAAAUGGACGCUCAACUGGCAGCUCUCCAGAGUAUCGCUGACCACAUGGACAGAGAAUUUGCCAACACCAGGCUGCUGGUAAAUGAAAUAGAUGCUCUAACACCUGUUGUGGUGGUCAGUGAGGAAGAGGAUUCUUAUUCCAGCAUGCUGAGAGUUUCAAAGGAAGCAAAGAGACGCACGACUCGAGGGAACAUGGCUGAAGAGGAAGAAGUGCAGGAUGAAAGACUGUUUUUGUCUUCUACCCCAAAUCGUCUUGUUCUUCCAAGUCAAAGGGGGCACUUGUCUCUCUUCCCAGAUUCACUGUCCAUCCAGUACCCGUUCCACCAUGACCACGUUACUCCUGCAGUGAAAUUGGAGCAGCCUCUCGAGGAUGUGAGCCAAGAAUUGACUGAAUCACUGAUGGAGGAUUCAGGCCUGUUAGAUGAAAACAUUUUAAAUCUGACGGGACUGAGCGAUGUUGCAGACAUCUUGGGAGAUUUAGUGAAACAAGGGGCACUCUCACAUUCAGCAGUCCAUCGCUCUCCCUCGGUGAGCAAAAUGAGAAGGAGCAAGACAGAGGAGCAGCAGAAGAGAAGCAUGAUAGAGGAGGAGAGGAAGGAGCUGAGGACUUGGAUGAGGAGGAAGCAGCGAGAGCGACUGGUCGAGUACCACAGACAAAGGAAGGAAAAGAGAGAGAGGGAGCGUGUUCCCUUCACUCCUCCUAAUCCUCAGAGUCUUUCCUCUAGAGACCUGGCAAACAAGAGGAAAGUUAAAGAAGAGAGGGACAAAGCGGUUCUUCAAGAGCAUCACUCACAGAGAGCACAGGAGGCCUACGAGCUGAUCACAGACAUGCUUACUACCCCUCUUGCCCUCCCUGCUCCUACCAACAGCACCAACAAAACCCAAGACUCCCGGCCUGGGAGUCGGACCCAGUUGAAAGGGCCUCUUAGGAAAAGCCCUAAGAGCGAAAAGGGAAGAGCACGUUCGGUUUCAACGUUUGGGAAGACUGUGGUACUGCAGAAGAGGGGUGCAUCAGCUCCACCUGGGAUGCUAAGCAGCAAAUAUGGACUCCAUAGGCCUGUGAGUUCACUUCCUGGUGACCGACUGUCCCAGGUCACACGGCGAGGCAUGCUGACAGAUCUGAGAGGUAGAUCGCGGGUGAAGACAACCAUCCAGCGCUCCAAAUCUGCUUUAAAUAAAUCCCCAAUGGAGCAGAAGACUAUAAAAAGAGAGGCAUCCUGGUUAGAGGACAACGAGGAAAGGGACGUUGUGAGUCCUUGGGACGUUCCUCUCGAGAUCCGUAGAAUUCUUAGUCUGGAAAGCCGAGCCAAAGAACAGGGCUUGAUGGAGAACGAAGACGACAGGCUGGAUGCCCUUUCAGAAAGCACCGGCAGCAUUUUGAGUAAGAUGGACUGGGCAGCCAUUGAAAGGAUAGCAGCUGAAGAUGAAGACAUCUGACUCAAUGAGAUCAAAGCCAAAAAGCUUUAAAGUUGGAAAUCAUGAACACGUGUGCUUGGAGAAGUUAAGAGCUGCUACAUGCACGUAUCAGCA